UCGUUCGCGCGCGCCGAUCGUGCACGCCCGCGUCUACCCUACACACGCAGGACGUCCCUUCCCACGACCACACCGAGUGGAGCAAGCCAGAAAGUUUCCAGAAACAAACACAAUGAAGACGUCAUUGUACCUGAUCGCGUUGUGCGCAGCGUUGGCUGCGGUGGGCGCUGCGCCAGCGCCGGAGCCCGCGGCGAACCCCGAACCAGCGCCGAAUCCCGAACCCCAGCCGAACCCCGAUCCCCAGCCGAAUCCCGACGACCGGCCGGAGAUAAUUGAAAUCAUCGCUCCAGCUGCCAGCGCACAGGAGACGCUGGCCACGCUGAACCUCGGCGCUCCCGGCUCUGAGCUGAGCGAGCGAAACAAGCGAACCAUCGGCAUCCUCCGGCAGUUAUUCCCUACGUUGACACAGAACGUGGCCGCUGAUGAGAAUCAGUUGCUGUCCGGCGCGGAAUCGCAGCAGGCUGAAGUGAGGGUAGCUUUCGGGGAAAACCAGGGUCAGGAUCAGCAGGUCGCCGCCAGUGAUGACCAGCAGACGGCAGCACAAACCAACUCCGCCAGCAUCGAUGAGAUCACUCUCGAUGAUGCUGACAACAGCGAAGAAAAUAGAAACAAAAGAUUUCUGAGCUUCGGCGGUCAAGCUGGAGCGGGCGGGUCAGGAGGCGGGUCUGGUAACUUCUUAUUCGACAUCGUCAGGCUCGUAGCCGGCUCAUCUUCAGGCGCGUCGGGUGACACCGCCGCGGCAGAGGGUGACGACGCCGGUGCAGCCAAAGGCGACAACCUAACCGAGGGUGUGCCCGGCCCCAUCACCAGGCUCUUCAUCAUCGCCAACCGAGGCAUCGCCAACCUCAUCCAGGACCUCAUCCUCCGCAUCGCACAGACCUCCGAAAGGAUAGUCAACUUCAAAGCGAGAUUGAUCACCUCCAUCAUUUAACGCGUUUGCGGGUAGAACAAUAAUUAGUUAAGUAGAGUAGAAAGUCCACGGGUAAAAAGACGAGGCGAGUGACGCUUCUGUAAUGUAAUCUUUAUUGGUUUAAUGUGUGAUGUUGAGUAUUAAAAUAAGGGUCUCAUCUGUGUUAAGCGGAGACGUGUGCUAGUCGUUUACUAUUCAAAGAAAGCCCAAGAAAUGUUUUUUUAAUUUUGCAAAAAAUAACCAGUACGCAGUCUCUUGCUUAACGCAGCGGAGAGCAACGUGUAUAAUUUAAAAGUGCUUUUAAAACCGUGCAGGCGAACGUUACAAAAAUCCUACAAGCUGUUCCGUUGACGUCUCUGCAUGGUUCUAAGAACACUGGUGGUCUGAUUAAUUUAAGAGUUAAUAUUAUAGGUCUCGUCUUCUUAUCUGUAGGCAAUGAGUGCUACGCUGGCCGGCCCGUAGGCUUGGAAAUAACUAGCGAGGUCAAACCACUUGAGUUUGCUAGUCAUAUUUUUGGCUUGAUCAUAAAAAGUAUGUCCCGCACGGUUUUGUGUGAGGGAUGCUUGUUAUGGGUAGCUUAGCCCGGCCUUCUUUAGGCCUGGGUCGCGUGGGCUGGGUUGAGGCCUGGGUCAUGUGGCCUAAGCCGAGGCCUGGGUCUCGUGGCAUAAGCCGUGGCUAGGUGAGGCCAGGGCCGGCGCACCGACGGCGGCGUGGCGUGGCCAGAAGGCCGCCCGGCGCCAUCGUCAUUCCUGCUCAAGCUUUUUUUAUAAUGUGACAAUUUUCGAUUCGUUUUUACGUUUGUAAAUAUGUAUUAUAGCGGAAUUUUGUAUAAAAUAAAACGAUUAGUUAAAUUA